CGAAGAGAGAGAAACAUGGAAGUCCAACCUGGACACCGAGACAGAGCUUGAAAAACCUCCCGUCUACACGAAAUCAUCCUAAAACAGUCUUGUUUUAGUUAACAUAAUCUGUCAUUCAACAGAUAAAAGUUCGAUUCAAGCAAUGACAAUGUUGGGUAUGUACGUGCCAGACAGAUUUGCUCUGAAGUCAUCUAAGGUCCAAGACGGAAUCGGGCUUUACACCGCAAGAAGAGUCAAGAAGGGAGAGAAGUUUGGCCCAUUUGCUGGAGAGAAGAAAAUGCCGAGCGAAAUGGAUGAGAGCAUGGACCCGCGAUUGAUGUGGGAGGUACGGGGGACCAAAGGGGACGUGUUGUACAUCCUAGACGCCAGCAACCCUCGGAACGCUAACUGGCUGCGUUUCGUCCAUCAGGCACCGUCUCAGGAACAGAAGAACCUGGCGGCCAUUCAGGAUGGAGAGAAUAUCUUCUACCUGGCUGUGGAUGACAUCGAGACAGACACAGAGCUGCUCAUUGGCUACCUGGACAGUGACAUGGAGGAGGAAGAGGAAGAGGAGGAGGAGGACAUCAAGGAUGAAGAUGAAAACAGUAUUGAGGCCAAGCAUCUCAAUGAAGAGCUGACGAUUAAGAAGGAGGACCACCCGUGCCUGCUGUGUGAGAGCAGUUUCCCCAGUGAGGAGAUCCUGGCGGCGCAUCUCCAGAGCCUGCACCAGAGGCCCAGCACCGAGGAGAAGGAGUUCAAGUGCCGCAGCUGCGGCAAGAGGUUCCCCGUCAAGCAGGCCCUCCAGCGCCACGUUCUGCACUGCACAGAGAACCAGGCCCCGUCAGGAGACUCAACCAAAGCCCACCAGUGCUCUCUCUGCCACAGCACCUUCUGCUCAGAGUCCAGUUUUGAGCAGCACAAAGAGGCUUGUAAAGGAGAUGCCAGGUUCAUCUGUAAGGCAGAGAGCUGUGGGAAGAGGUUCAAGAGCAAAGAUGCACUGAAGAAACACAAGGGAAAUGUGCAUACAGGCAGCGCUCGAAGGAAACUUAUGUGUACCAUCUGCAACAAGAAAUGCUCCUCCUCGCUCAACCUCCAGGAGCAUCGCAAGGUGCACGAGAUAUUCGACUGCCCUGCCUGUGACAAGAAAUUCAUCUCCACUAACCAGCUGAAGCGCCACAUGAUCACACAUUCUGAAAAGCGACCAUACACAUGUGAAAUCUGCAGCCGCUCCUUCAAACGCUUGGACCAGGUCACUGCCCACAAGAUCAUCCACAGCGAGGACAAGCCCUACAAGUGCAAACUGUGUGGGAAGGAGUUUGCUCACCGCAAUGUCUACAAGAACCACAAGAAGACACACUCGGAGGAGAGACCGUUUCAGUGUGAGGAGUGCAAGGCCCUGUUCCGGACGCCGUUUUCGCUACAGAGGCACCUCCUCAUUCACAACAGUGAGAGGACGUUUAAGUGUGACCAGUGCGAUGCCACCUUUAAGAGGAAGGACACACUGAACGUGCACAUCCAGGUGGUGCACGACGGGCACAAGAAGUACAAGUGUGACCUGUGUGAGAAGGCCUUCGUCACGCCCUCAGUCCUCAAGAGCCACAAGAAGACCCACACAGGAGAGAAGGAGAAGAUCUGCCCGUACUGCGGUCAAAAGUUUGCCAGCAAUGGUACCCUGAGGGUCCACAUCCGCAGUCACACAGGAGAGAGGCCAUACCAGUGCCCUUACUGUGACAAGGCCUUCAGCAAGAAUGAUGGACUGAAGAUGCACAUCCGCACACACACUCGGGAAAAGCCAUACAAGUGUAGCCAGUGCAAUAAAGCCUUCAGUCAGAAGCGAGGUCUGGAUGAGCACAUGAGGACCCACACUGGAGAGAAGCCCUUCCAGUGUGACGUGUGCGACCUGUCCUUCAGUCUGAAGAAGAUGUUGAUCAGGCACAAGCUCACCCACAACCCCAACAGGCCCAUGGCCGAGUGCCAGCUCUGCCACAAGAAGUUCACCAGAAACGACUACCUCAAGGUGCACAUGGAGAACGUCCACGGCGAGACCGAAGGCUAGCCAUCGCUAAGCAGCACCAACGAAACCGGGCCAAAGACGAGUUAAAAAAAACACACAAACCAUAAAAGACAACAUGUAAAAAAUACUACAACAUAAUGUGAGCCCUCAGCAGUGAUAGUGACAAAUACAUGGCUAUUGUGCGAAUCUUAAAAUCGAAAUGCUACCAAAGCUUUGUCACUAUGCAGCCGUGCUUUGCUUUGAUUUUCUUAAACUUGUUCAGACUUUCUGACAUGCAUUGUUGUUCGGUGAAAUGGUCUCAUGAAAUGGCAAAGGGAGAUGGUACUGUAUAUGUUACCACCACUAUACUGUACCAGUCAUUAUGUACUGUAUAAGGGAACCAACUGUGAAAGAGUAGACUUUCAAUUAGCUGGUGCUAUAUUCAGCCACAAUCAGUAAAGCUCCUCUGCCCCUCUGCGAGUGUACACAGGAAAGAUUAGACUCUUAUGUUGGCAAAAGAGAGCGAAAAAUGAUAAUGUCCUUUGCACAAGGUGCUGCAUAAGAUUUGGUCAGUGAUUGCAUGAAUGUGUAGGAUCUAUGGGGCACUGGUGUAGUAUGAGCAGGGACUAAGACAAACUAGAUGUGGUCCAUCACAUUUAUCAGGUUGUGCAUGUUGUGUUUCUGUCAUCAAUGGACAAGAUAUUUUUUAUAAUUGAGCUGCAUUCACUGCUAGACAUAUAGACUAUGCUAUUACUGUAAUCUGAUGCAGUGCUCUAUUCAAUGUAUGAUACAUACUGUGCGUUCCAGUCAGUCAUUAUAAUGUGUCGUUUACGGUUUACUGUAGUAUGCAUUGUAAAGUUAAAUGCAAUAUUUUGUAUUUUUAACUCAAAACAAAUUGUGUAUGUUUCUCGCUCACAAUACAUUGCUAGAGCCUUUUUUAUACAUAUUAUAUUUGUUUAUAUAUAUAUUUUUAUACAUUCCAAAUGUAUUACAUAUUCAACAAUUGUUUGUUGUAUUGUUGUAUUGUUUACAGAACAAGUUUGGUAAU